AUGCAGGCAGCACGAGUUGUCAUCCAGCAGUCGGGAGUUGCUGCAGUAAACGGAGUUUACCAGAGACGCCCAGUCGCCUCCAUCCCCUCCGCCUUCAAGAAAGUUUGCGACGAGAACAACUGGGACGUCUCAGCGACAUGGCGACGGCUGGCAGAUGAGAACAAGUCCUGGUUCGAGCAUGACAACGGGAGCUACAUCUACAGGAACAAGCAGGAUGAUCAAUGGUGGAUUGAUGGACCGGACGGCUAUGGCGUUUUCGUAGCACGGGAUGUGUCAGAUCUGCCGCCUAAAGGAGGAUGGAAGGCGCUGCAGAAGCAAGCGGCGAGUGCUUUACCUCUUAUUGAGUACCAGGAAUGA